AUGUCUGAUCAGUACAACAAAGAUCGUGAUAUCACUCAGGCCGAAGACGAGAAGGAUGCCAACCCUCAGCACCUGGAACAUGAGGGUGGCACUUUGGAGCAUGUGCUACAGAAGCACCUUCACGGCACCGGUCUGGAGGAUCGUCAGACAGCUCUGGAGCUGGCCAUGAAUGCCGACCCCGGUCCCAACAAAAUAUCAUGGCGAUACAUCCGAUUGUGGCUUAUCGUAUUCCUGAUGUGUAUGAAUCAGGGAGACGGCGGUUUCGACGGAACCCUGGUUGGUUCCAUCAACUCGAUGGCUCAGUAUCAGUCUUACUUUAAUCUCGGUGGUGAAGCUUCAACCAAGGCCGGUGUGGUCUAUGGAAUCGGAAUCGCUGGCACCAUUGCCAGUUUCUUCCCCUCUUACUGGGUGCCUGAUCGUUUUGGCCGUCGCAAAGCCAUGUUCUUCGGUAAUAUUCUACCAAUCAUUGGUAACGUUCUGUCCGGUUGUGCGCACAAUUACCCUACUUUGCUUGCCGCUCGUGUGCUUGGGGGAAUGGGAUUUGUCGGAGGAGCCCCGCAAGCUUAUCUGGCCGAGAUCUCGCCUCCUGCAUGGCGUGGACGGAUUAUGGGAUUCUACAACUCAAGUUACUACAUUGGUCAAAUAAUUGGCACUGGAAUCUGUAUUCCCUUUGGAUUAUCGCACUCCAACAUGGCAUGGCGCAUCCCAUUCGUCUUGCAAGCAGUGCCCCUUGUCAUCCUCAUGGCGAGCAUCUUUACGAUCCCCGAGUCACCUCGAUGGCUCUAUGCUGCUGGAAGAAAGGAGGAAGCCCAGAAAGUUCUGGCAUACUUCCACUCUCGUGACAACGAUGUCAACUCGCCGCUCAUCCAGCUUGAGAUGCAGGAGAUUGUGGCUCAAAUCAGUCUCGAUGGAGGUGACAAGAGAUGGUGGGACUUUAAGCCUCUCUUCAACAGUCGGGCCAAUACCUACAGAUUCCUGCUUGGCUUGAUGAACAUGUACGGCUCACAAUUCGCUGGUAACGGAGCCAUCACCAACUGGCUUCCUGCGUUGUUGAAGAACGCUGGGAUCACCAGUACGAACAAGCAGCGUGUAUACACAUUCGCCAACUCAAUCACGUCUAUGACCGGAGCUAUGAUUGGCACCUGGACGGUGGAUCACAUCGGUCGUAGGCCGUUGAUGCUCUGGGCAUCGGGCAGUUGCGGAGUCAACAUGGCGAUAGUUGCGGGGCUAUUGAGCAAGAUUAAUCCCGACAAUCCGGCCCGUACCAAGGCAGGGAUCGCAUUCCUCAUGCUUCACAUGGUGUACUUCUCCAUCGGAUGGACCCCUUUGCAAUCGCUCUACCCCUUCGAGGUUAUAUCAUACGAGAACCGGCAAAAAGCCAACGCCCUGCGAAAUAUCUGUUACAUCGUUGUUAGCGCCUUCAAUUCAUUUGCCUUGCCAGUCAUCCUUAACCAAGCGCCGUGGAAACCCUAUGUCAUGUUUCUUGGCUUCAACGUGAUCAUCUUCACCGUCAUCUGGAUCUGGGCUGUCGAGACGAAACAGCUGUCACUUGAGGAUCUCGAUGAAGUGUUUGCCUCCCCAAAUCCCAAGAAGACCUCCUUGGCUCUUGUUCGAGAGGCAAAGAUUAUGGCUCGCAACGAGUUGGCGCAUGCCUAG